UUCUAGCCCCUUUCCUCAGUCUUAUCCCUCCCCUCUUCCUUCUCCCCAUCAAACAACCUUUGGUUUCCUCUCUCCCGCCUUAUGCAUGGAAACUGGGCUGGGUGCCAGGUGGACUGGGAAGAACAGACUCCCCCUUUCAUCUCUUCUUGGGCCUUUUUUCCUCCUUCUUCCCUUCUUCCCCCCCUCCAUCCCCACCACCAGUCAUCUCCAGUAGCAGCAACAGCAGCAGCAGCAACAGGCGCUCUCAGGAGGCAGGAUGGGGGAACAUGAAGACCCCUCUGGGGGGCUGCAAGGCUUUGCUCUUGACAAGGAAUUCCUGCGUUCCCCCAAGGGGGUCCUGAUGGAGGCCGAGCUGGGGCUCUGCUUUUUGGUGUUCUUGCUGCUGACAGCAUCCAUCUCAGCCUACAUGGGAGCUGCCCUGCUGGAAGUGUUGGUGACGCUGGCGUUCCUGGCACUGCGAGCAACACACUACUACGAGCGCCUGACCCGUAUCAACUGGCCCUGCCUGGACUUCCUUCGCUGUGUCAGUGCUGCCAUUGUCUUCACCGUUGUGGCCUUCGCAGUCCUUGCUGCCAGUCACGAGGGAUCUGCGGUGUCAGCCUUUGUCUUCAGCCUUAUCCUUAUUGCUGUUUUCUGCUUUGAUGCCUACAAAACCUACAGGGCAGAAAUGGGAUCGGAUCAAGACCCAGAUCUUGGCUGAGAGCACAGGCGCACGGCUCUUCUUGGUGAACGCUACACACACGAAGAUGUUGCCGCUGCUCCCCAGCACAAAGUUUCCCCCAUUCCACAGCCUCUGUUGACCUACGUAAGACCUGAUGAUGAUGAUGAUGACGCUCCAACAUCUUGUAUCCAACUCCUUCAAUAAUCCCUCUCCUGGCCCAGUGGUUUAUGUUUCCCCAUCUUAUAUUUCUGUGAGCAAAGGGCAACAUUGAACAAGGAUUUUCCCACAAAAUGUUUUCGCACUCAUCCAUCAAAGUGGAACAUAUGGAGGACAAUGACCCUGGUCUGGGCUGUUGAUGGGUUUUGUAUUUAACUUCCAGGGAAGCAAAACUAAAGUUGCUUUUAAUAUUGUA